CACUUUGCACAUGCCCAGUACAGACCGAAAUGCUUAUUUAGAGGAGGUGGAUGAGGUCCUGUAACAUCAGCAUGGAUUAUGCGGUUGUUAUGUUGUAACAUCGACAUGGAUUUCUCCAUGUUAACUGAGAAUUAGUCCUAAACGUUUUUCUUUUUCAACCCGGUCGCGGAUAUUUGUUUCUGUGUACAUCGUCAACUAUCUUAACUGUAGAAAUUAGAGCUACUGCAAGAAAAUAGCUCAAGAUAAGUGGUGCCACCUAAUGGUUAAACAUAAACAACACCGCAUUUUCACUUUCAUUUUCUUGUAAGUGCGUUUUCAUUUCCUUCUGUUGAUCGUCAGCCAGGUUAUAUAUACACGAUGACAGCAGAUGGGAAAACGGUUUUAGUGGAAGGUCUACCGACAGAUAUUUUAGAGGAUAGACUGGCAGACAAACUGUCUAUCCACUUCUUAAGAAAUCGAAAUGGAGGUGGAGAAAUAACCAACAUCACAUUUCCAGAGGAAUCACCUGGAACUGCCCUCAUAACCUUUGAAGAAAAUGAAGUGGCACAGAGAGUCUGUCGCAUGAGGACUCACAUGUUAUCUGUGGAUGAGAAGAAGUAUGGAGUCCAGGUUAGCAUGCACUGCACUGAAGUCAACCCAGAUGAGAUCUUUCUCAGAGUUUCCAUGCUAAUAGACUAUCGGCGAAUUCCAGAUGGAAAAAGGGUGAUUAAGCAUCUGAAGAAGAACUUCCCAGACGUGCAGUUCAGCUUCGAGAAAGAGGAGCUGUGCAAUGUAAAAGGGGCGUUUUCAGAAAUACAGGAUCUAGCCAAUGAAGUGCUGAGCCUCUUUGAGACUGGGGAACCAAAGCCUGUUAAGAAGAAUAAAAAGAGUCAAGGUGCUGUUGGAAGCGUAUUCAGAAAAGGUGAAAAAAAGACAGAAUCCACAGCAUUAGCUCAGCCACCUGGCUUUGACACUCAAAGUCCCACUUUCCUUAUUGACAAUGAAGAUUUGCAUGUUGAAAAUGGAAGGGGUGUGGUAGCAAAAGAUACUCUUGAGGACUACUCACUGAUCAUGGAUUCUGACAUCUACAGAUACAUCCAGAAACACUGGAAUGAGAAAUAUGUGCAGGUCCUGUGUAAACACAAAGUGGAAGUGGUGGAUGUUAGCACCAAAGAUAUUACCACAUUGUACCUGCAGUCCGAUUCCGAGACUUCAGGGAGCCUGAUCGACUUGCAGCAAGCUCAUGAGGAUCUGGGGAACCUAUACCAAGAGUUAGAAACCAAACUACGCAAAGAACAGAUACCAAAAAAGGAGGUAUCAUCCAAUAUAAACUAUCUAAAGAAAGUAUACGAGUAUGUCCAGACUCUUUUCCCCCAAAUCCUUUUGAAUGAGGAUGACACCAACAUAUACAUGAUAGGCAGCUCUUGUGAUGUCUCAGAAGCCAAGCAGCACAUUCAGGAUUUAACAAUUGAGGAGCAUUCAUCAAGAUUAGAGAGACAGACAUCUUAUCAAGGCUUGCAGGACACACUUCAUACAGGCAGCAGGAAACUGCAGGAUCCAAAUUAUAAAGAUUCGAAGCCACUUGGUACAAUAAAGCCUGAAGUGUCAAAAGAUUUGGCACCCAGUUUUGCCAGCUGCAAAGAACCUUUGAUGAAGGACAUCUCUAAGGGAUUUCAAGUGUUUUCAAGUGGCGGUUUAUACCUGAAAGAUCUAAAAGGUCCCGAUCGAACCAGUGAGGACAUACUUUUUAAGAAAUAUGAGGGAUCUUCCACCAUUAGUGGAAUCAAAGACCGAAAGCUCUUCCAGACUAUUGGACAAGCCAGAAGCACAGGUCCCAUAAAACCUUUUCAGAUGACAGCUUCAUCGAACACACUUCACCACAUGGACCUGUUAGGCGCCAGAAAUUCUCUGUAUGACACAAACGCAGCCAGUACAUCACAGACCUAUGAAUUCCAACCAGUGCUCAGAAGAGCCAACAGCUUUUCUGGUGUUAGCCAAUCCAAAGAGGACAAGUCUGCUGGUUUGAAUGAAGUGACAGAAAGCAGAAGUAAAAAAAGUAACAGUGGUCCAAAGAAGGAAGGUCUCUUCAGUGAGGACAUUUCAUUGGCUAGGAUGACAUGGCUUUAUAUAAAAGAUAUCUAUGGCCCUAAUAUUGCAAAGCUGACAUCAGCUGAGGGAAUUCAAAUGAAUGAGACCAUCACAGGUAAUGCUACAAAACUCGUAAUCAGGGGAUUUGACCAAGUUAAGGUUAGCAAUGCCAAGCGGGGUAUUUCCUUAAUCUGUUCAAAGGUAUCAACAGAUUUUGCAACUAAAGAAAUUAGUUUUUCUCAGAUGGGUAUUACAGAUUCAGAUGACAUUUUGCAACUGUGGUGCACUGAAGUAGAAAAGAAGUAUGGAAAUGUGAAAAUAAUCAAAUCACCACACAGUCUUUGUAUAAUGGGCCCAAAGGAUCAAUGUUUAGAGCUUACAGAUAUUCUGCAAGAACUUGUCAAAGACAGAAUUUUGAAACCCCAGAAGACACACACUGGAGGUUCUCUCUUUUCCUCCUCAUCUGUGACAAAAACACAUCAAGAAAAGGAGCAGGAAAGCAUAUCAAAAGUAGAGGAUUAUCUGAAGGACCAGGGUUUUCCUUGGAGUAAACACAACUCACUCAAAGGCGGUCUUCAGCAGGACAAGCAAACUAAUAGUGCAAAUGGAGAUAAUGUGAAAUAUACACAUAGCACACAAACUCACAACCAGAAAGAACCUGAAAAUCAGACUCCAAAUGAUGUCCAGAAAUCCCCCAGACAUCAAACAGCCAUGGAACAAAAGGACCAGAGUAAUUUAACUUCAAAAGUGAAGAAAGAUCCUACUUUAACCUUGGAUAAAAAAGAGAAGGAAAAUCCUGUGUCUAAUGUUAAGAAACUAGAAAAAGAACCCGUGGUAAAAGAGACACUCAAACCAACAAAAACCCUCAACAACAAGUUAAUCACUGAAAGCCAUCACAAGAAAGCAGAUAUAACCAUGGCUUCACAUGCACUUAAAACUGACAGUUGCCCACAGUCUUUACCAACAUGGGCAUACAGUACUCAGCAGACAAACCUCCUCAGAAAGAAUGAUGAUUUAAACAGUGAUGUUCAGGAGGAAGACUCCACUCUCAGGCUUCAACUUAGAAAUCCUGCAGUCGGCCAGGAUGCACAAGACCUGAAAGAAACUGAUCAAGCAUGCUUGUACUGUAAAAAAGAGCAGGGUCAAAAUAUACGCAGGAAGUGUGGCCUUGCUCUUUGUACAGAUUGCCAGCUUGAGAGGCAUGCAUCAUGCAGGGUGUGUUCUAUACCCAAUGGCUCAGGUAUCAAGGGGACUGUGAACGUCUAUGAACUGAGUACAGGCUUAAGUGGAUUCAGCAGAUGCACAACUCUGAAGAUAACGUAUAACAUCAUUGAUGGUAUUCAGGGAACAGGUGAUCCAAACCCUGGAAAUCCUUACAAAGGGGGACAGUUUCAGGGUUUUCUGCCGGCGACUGCUAAAGGGAAUGAGCUGUUGAGGUUACUGAUGAAGGCAUUUAAUCAAGGGCUGACAUUCAAAAUUAAAACAUGCGAUUCUGGAGACAUGGUAACAUGGGGUCAAAUUCCACAUAAAACUAAAAUGGAAGGUGGAAAAUCAGCCAGUGGAUACCCAGAUGGCAGCUAUCUUGUUCAUCUAACAGAAGUUCUUAAGAUGCUUGGAAUUGAAUGAAAAGAAAUGAAAAAUGGGGUCCAUUGCAAAGCAAGGAAAAAUUGACCAUUUGAACCUGGAAGAACUAGUCAAAUCUACAGCAGUGAAUUUGGCCAGGUUUUGAAGCAAGUGCAGUGGUUCCCCCCAUUAAAGUUAUAAGACUAUGAGAAGCACCUCAAAAGGGGACCUACUGUACUUUAAGAAUUUAUUAAUGUUAGAUUUUUUUUUUUUAAAUGUAAAGUUUUUGUGAAGUCCCAGCAUGUGCAAGGUUGUGCAAAUUAAUAACAGCAGGGUCUAUUUCAUCUAAAUAGUGGUGUACAACUACCCUAAAAAUAUAUAAAACCCAAUAUUUUUGGACCUGUAUUUUGUAUUGUAUUUAGUGAUGUUAAGGUGGUCAAUAAAUCACUGCUGGUAUUUAUAUCCACGCAGUUUAGAUCAUUCAAAUAUACCCCAGUACGUUAGUUACAAAGGCUGUAUUGGGUUAGAAAUGUUAUGCGAUGUCAAAGUUUUCCCAUGCUUUGACAUGUUUUUAUUAUUUUUUUUUUUUAAUAUGCUUUACUGUACCUUUCUGGGCUUAACCAUACUUUCAAUAUUCUUUAUUACACUUUGCUAUGCAUUUACUAUGAGGAAACUUUCAUAAAGGAAGUUAAAAAAAAAAAAAAGUUGACAUUGUAGUGCAGUGUUUUACCUUAAAUGUAAAGUCAAUAGUUACCAUGUUUGACCAACACAUUUUAUGUUCUGCUACAGCUUGUGUUUAUAUUGUUACUAACUAAAGAUUUAGAAAUAAAAGAAACUUAAAUUCAAA